UUAAAGCUUAUUUAGUCCAGCAAAAUACGACCCAUGAAGCAUUAGAAAUAUGGGACCCUCCGAACAGUUUCUCAUGCUUAAUAAUCUAAUACUACGGUAGCUCGGUUCUGUGGUUGUCGCUGACACUGUGUUCUGAAAUGAACAACAGCAAGCAUUUGGUUACAUGCAAAUGCGAUUACUGUGUCUGAGAAUCUACAAUUUGUUCUGGAAGUCGCCAAUAGAAUCUCAUGCCACGGCUGCCAUUGCGGAGCGACCACUUCGUAGAAACUUUAGUGGGCCAUCUCCAGGACCACAACUUCUUGAAUCGGAGAACCAUGGCGUUUUCACGAUGCAUAGCAGGCAAAAACAUAGGCAAUAUUUGGGCAGCCUCCUACUUUCGCUGCCCCAAAAUACCGUUAAUCCUGUUCUUUACUGUAGAACAGUGCAUGCCCAGAUUAUUUUAUCAGGAUUUGAGUCGAACCUUUUUCUCAGCAACAUACUUAUUACGGCUUACUCGAGGCGGGGCGCUUUAGGCACUGCUGCCACCCUGUUUGCUAGAAUGCCUGAAAGGAACUUAAUUUCUUGGUCUUCGAUUAUUUCUGCAUAUAAUCGAGAUGGGAACAAUGCAGGAGCCUUAAGGCUGUUUCGGGAGUUCAGGAGAAGUGGCUAUGACAAUCCAAAUGAGUUUGUUUUGGCGACCGUCAUUCAGUCUUGCACCCAAGUGGCUAGUGCUGAAAAUGGUAUGUAUUUGCAUAGUUUUGUGAUUAAGGCUGGUUGUGAUCAAAAUGCUCAUGUGGGCACUUCUCUUAUUGAUUUUUAUGCAAAAACUAGGGAUCUAGAUGCAGCAAGAUUGGUUUUUGAUAAGUUGGGAGUGAAAAGUGUUGUGACAUGGACUGCAAUUAUAAUGGGAUGUUCUAUAAAUGCAAGAAGCGAUCUAUCACUUGAUUUAUUUAAGCAAAUGGUAGAGAGUGGUGUUGUUCCUGAUAAGUAUGCACUUUCCAGUGUCUUGGAAGCAUGUUCUAUGCUUGAGUUGCUUGAAAUGGGAAAGCAAGUUCAUGCUUUUGUCCUGAGAAGUGGUGCUAACACGGAUGUGUCAGUGAGUAAUGUGCUUAUAGAUUUCUAUUUCAAGUGUGGAGAACUAAAAGCAGGGCACAGAACUUUUGGACAGAUGAUGGUUAAGAAUACUAUUUCUUGGACAAUGGUGAUUUCGGGGUACAUGCAGAGUGGUUUCCAUUAUGAAGCAAUGGAUCUAUACAAGGAUAUGAACAUAUCAGGGUGGAAGGCAGAUGCAUUUGCUUGUUCCAGUGUCCUCAAUUCCUGUGGUUCGGUUGGGGCUCUAAAUCAAGGUAAGCAGGUCCAUGCUUACACCAUGAAGGUCAAUUUGGACUCUGAUGACUUUGUUACAAACAGCUUGAUUGACAUGUAUUGUAAAUGUGAUUCCUUGAUUGAUGCCAUGAGGGUGUUUCUUGCCUCUGAAAGACGUACUGCUAUGUGUUACAAUGUAAUGAUUGAGGGAUACUCAAGACAGGAAAGCCUGUAUGAGGCGUUUCAUCUUUUCAAUGACAUGAGGCAUAAUUUGCUUCAACCAAGUCUACUGUCGUUUGUCAGCCUUCUUGGGGUAUCAGCUUCUCAAACUGCACUGGAAGUAAGCCGACAGCUUCACUCUCUGAUGAUCAAAUCUGGUUUUUCUUUGGACAGUUACUGUGGGAGUGCCUUAGUAGAUGUUUACUCAAAAUGCUCAUUUGUCGGAGAUGCAGGACUUGUGUUUGAGGAGAUCAAUGAAAAAGACAUUGUAGUCUGGAAUUCUAUGCUGUUUGGAUAUGCACUUCAAUCAGAAAGCGAGGAAGCUCUUAGUCUAUACUUAGAGUUGCAGCAUGGGAGAGAAAGACCAAAUGCAUUCACCUAUGUUGCGGUCAUAAUGGCUUCUACUAAACUAGCAAGUUUAUCGAAUGGUCUCCAAUUUCACAACCAAGCUAUAAAAAUAGGUCUGGACUUUGAUCCAUUUGUUACAAAUGCAUUGAUGGAUAUGUAUGCAAAGUGUGGAUGCAUAGAUGCCGCCCAGUUAUUGUUCAGAUCCAUGUCUCAAAGAGAUAUUGUAUGCUGGAAUUCAAUGAUAUCAAUGCACGCACAGCAUGGCGAUGCGGAGAAAGCUCUUCAUACUUUUAAGCAAAUGAGAACUGAGGGCAUAAAACCCAACUACAUCACAUUCAUCGGAGUUCUUACAGCAUGUGCCCACGUGGGGCUCGUGGAAGAAGGAUUUCAUCACUUUGAGUCGAUGUCCGAAUUUGGGAUUGAACCAGGAGAAGAACACUAUACUUGCAUGGUUUCUCUGUUGGGCCGGGCUGAUAAACUGCACGAAGCCAAGUCAUUUAUCGACAAGAUGCCAAUUCAACCAACCACACUAGUCUGGAAGAGCUUGCUUAGUGCAUGCAGAGUUACCGGCAAUGUUGAACUGGCUCAGCAUGCGGCUGAAAUGGCAAUAUCAUCUGAUCCAACGGACAGCGGGUCCUAUACCUUACUUUCAAAUAUUUUUGCAUCUAAAGGUAUGUGGACGGAUGUAAAGAAGGUGAGGGAGAAGAUGGACAGAAAUGGUGUGAUAAAAGAAACAGGGUGUAGCUGGAUCGAGAUCAACGAUCAAGUGCACUUAUUUUUUGCAAGAGACAGAACUCAUCAGCAGGCUGAUUUGAUCAAUCAUCUCGUGGACCACUUGAUUCAGCACACGAAAGGUAUAGAUCAUGAGCCUGACUCUCCUUUCUACCAUCAGAAUACCGUUCUGCUGUAAAAUGAUUAUCACACGGAAAAUUCAUCCUUCCAAAAUUCAGCAUGGAUAA